AUGCGAUCAAAAUUUCUCGUGUGGAAUGAAAAAGUCAAUAAAAAGAUUGAGGAGCAUAUGAGAAAACUUGAAAGUUUUUCACCAUCAUGCCCCUCUCCAGCAAGCCAAUCAUUGCCCAUAACGCCUACCCCCCGGCUGCCACCAUCACAAAAAAGAGGAAGAAAAGAGCUGUUGAAUGAACAAAGAUCCAUACAAGUCAACAUUCAACCAAACCACUGUCGACCAGCCGUAGAUCCGCCCACUCCAGCUGCAGAUUCAGACGUCACUAGAGCCAACAACGUCGGCAAGACUGCAAGGGUCCAUAUUGCAACAAUCUCCUCAGCCUGUGUUGCCAACAAAUCAAAAAACCACGCCGAAAGCCCUAAAACUCUUACGAGGCCGCACCUCUUACUAAUCCAUUCUUAUGUUCUUGCUUUUUCUAUUUUUCAAGCAAAUAUAUUUGGGGUAGAAAGAGAAGAAGAAGAUGUUCUGUCUUCUUGCUUGGCUUCAGAAGGAAACGGAAAAAGAAAAAAUAAUGCAUUCAUUUUUAAUUGUUUCUUUCGGCUUUUCUUCUUUCUCCCGUUAGCGUCUGUGUCUCUCUCUCUCUGCAACGCUCUCUCCCGCGAUUUCAUCUCCAAAUUCCCCAACGCCCUCGCCGCCCUCGACCAGAAACCCGACGUCGACGUCGUCGUCCUCUCCGGCGUCGGCGCCCACUUUUGCGCCUGUAUCGAUCUCACAACCCUGGGCUCGAUCUCCGACAAGUCACUCUCCAUAAGCGAUCGAGACCGCGCCGAAGAGAAAUUCAGGCAAGAGAUCAAGUUCCUACAGGAUGUGGUCACCUCGAUUGAGCGGCCCCGGAAGCCGGUGAUCGCCGCUAUAAUCGGGUAUGGUCACGCUAUGGAGCUGGCUUUGACGGGUCAGAGGUUCUCGGGUUCGGAGGCCAAAGACUUGGGCCUGUUUUCAAAUUUGUCAGAGAAUGGGAUUUUUAGCUACUGUGGUUCAAAAGAUAGUUGGUUUGGUUUUCAAUUUCAUUGGGUGGGUCUGAUUUUUGGGGUUUGGUGGUUCUGUGUGGUUGUUCAACGAUGUUGGGGUUUUGAUUUUCUGGAAAUCGAAGGUGGAGGAGUUGUUGAUUUUGAUUGUUGGAAAUUUCCGGUGGGUGACUUUUCUGGAUUGGCCGAAUGACCAAAAUUGGGAGGAAAGAUGGGGUGGUUUUAAGUGUGAGGUUUUGAUUUUUGGGUGAGUGUGAUCGAAAUUUUAGAGGAAUUUAUAAGGUUAUUCGGUUGGUUUCAAUGGCAGAAUAUGGGUGCUUUGGGGUGAUUCAAUAUGUUGAUUCUACAAGU